CAUCCACCCUUGAUCGUCAACGAGCAAUAAUCAAAUCCAUCACGCCCGAUACACACAAAAACCAGACCAUCGUCCCCAACUUCACAGAUCAUUCAUCCAUUCUCACUGCACAUACACGUACACAUGGCCAAUUUGUAUGUGCAAGCCGAGUCACCAACGGAUCUGAACAAAAACACCGAGUGGUUCACCUACCCCGGCGUCUGGACCACCUACAUACUCAUCCUCUUCUUCUCUUGGCUCGUUGUUCUCUCCGUUUUCGGCUGUUCUCCUGGCAUGGCUUGGACCAUCGUCAAUCUCUCUCACGCUCUGCUGACAUACCAGUUCUUCCACUGGAAAAAGGGCACACCUUUUGCUGAUGAUCAGGGUAUCUACAACAGGUUGACGUGGUGGGAGCAGAUCGAUAGCGGCAAACAGCUCACUCGCAACAGGAAGUUUCUCACUCUCGUCCCCGUGGUCUUGUACUUGAUAGCAUCUCACACGACAGACUACCAGAACCCGAUGCUGUUUUUCAACACAGUUGCAGUUUUUGUGCUAGUUGUUGCCAAGUUUCCAAACAUGCAUAAGGUUCGAAUAUUUGGUAUCAAUGCUGAAGAGUGAAGCUUUUUCUGUUCAAUUGCUUUGCUUCACACGUUUCUGUAAUUCUAACAUCUUUUAUUUGGAACCGGACAACUGGUAUAUUAAUUUUAUUUUAUUUUAUUUUUUCUUGCUGGGCUAUAUUAAUUUUCCUUUUUUU